AUAUCCUUAUGUUGUCCUCCUCACUGUCUGUCUACUCUUUACCUCUCCACCACGAACAAAGCAGAGACAUAAGCAUGGAGCUUCCAUCUAUGGAGCUGUACUAUCCACGUCAUCAUCCUCGUCUUCUUCAUCAGGAGCCAAUACCCAAAACCCAUGAUCGUGUACGGAUAGUCCCGGGUACUGUGACCCUGCAAAGAUGUUGUACUCAGCGAAUUCGAAGACUGGGUUUCUUGAAAACUCGGUCGUUUCUGCUGGAACAGACAGGAGGGAAGAUGGUGGUUGAGCUGGUGGGGGCAUUCAACGAGCUCACAGAGAGGAUGGGGAUGCUUUCCAGCAGUGGGUCCCAGUUACUCUUCAAGGCUCUCAAGCUCUCCAUUCCUCUGCUCCACGCUUUGCCUCUAACCCCAGAUGGUCGUUCCUCGCUCUCCAGGGCCUUGUCUAUUUCUCUCCUUCUCGCAGACCUUCAGAUGGAUGCUGAAGUUAUCUCGGCUGGGAUACUCAGACCAGUUCUGGAGGCUGGUGCAGUUUCAAUUCUUGAUGUUAGAAACCAGAUUGGUACUGGCACUGCCCAUUUAUUGCACGAAAGCUUGCGGGUCAUGAAGGUCCCUUCUAAAGUUGAUGUCUUGGAUGAUGGCAGUGCUGCUGCGCUGAGAAAGUUCUGCUUGACGUACUACGAUAUGAGGGCUGUGAUUUUAGACUUGGUUCUCAGGCUUGACAUGAUGAGACAUCUUGGUUACCUCCCAAGGUAUCAGCAACAAUCGAUUUCUCUAGAGGUUAUGAAGAUUCACGCACCUUUAGCUCAUGCUGUUGGGACCAACUGGCUGUCACUGGAGCUGGAGGAUCUCUCGUUUCAGUACUUGUUUCCCCAUUCCUACCUUUAUGUUGAUACAUGGUUGAAAAGUCAUGAGAGUGGAAGUAAGCCUCUGGUUGAUGUAUACAAGGAACAGCUCUUGCAG